GUGAUUGGUCAACGGCACGUCAAUCAACCCAUUCCCCUGCUUUUGGAUAUUACCCUAAGAGAGACUCCACAGUUUUUCAUCAGUGAGGACUGGAAUGUGAACAAAGUGACAUAGCCAACCAGACAAGAGGUGAACAAAACUAUGAUUCCUUCACUAAUUCCUAAACUGCACAACGUCAGGAUUUGUCACUAGCGCCCAGAACACUGAUAACUCUGUCGGCCUGGCCUGUUGAGGGGUUACUUUUUGGGACCAAUGCAGACCCCACCUCAGUUCCUCACUGUCAGUGCCUGUGCGUGGGUCGGCAGUUUCUGUCGCUUUCGAGGUAUUGGAACCAGUGAAAAUUUGGACGUGCUGGAAAAGAUGUCAGUCAGCGUCCAUGAAAACCGCAAAUCCAGGACGAGCACAGGCUCCAUGAACAUUUCGCUCUUCCACAAGCCUUCUCAUCCAGACAGUGUGCUCACCCACCUAAAUACCCUGCGCAAACAGUGCAUGUUCACAGAUGUGACACUAUGGGCAGGCGACCGCUCCUUUCCUUGUCACAGAGCUGUGCUUGCUGCUUGCAGUCGCUACUUUGAAGCCAUGUUUAGCGGUGGCCUCCGUGAGAGCCUUGACAAUGAGGUUAACUUUCGAGACAGUGUUCACCCAGAAGUUCUGGAGCUGCUGUUGGACUUUGCUUACUCCUCGCGUGUCAUCAUCAAUGAGGAGAAUGCAGAGUCACUUCUCGAGGCUGGAGAUAUGCUGCAGUUUCAUGACAUCCGGGAUGCAGCAGCAGAAUUUUUGGAGAAGAAUUUGCAUGCAUCCAACUGCUUAGGGAUGAUGCUGCUCUCAGACGCCCAUCAGUGCAAGCGGCUUUAUGAGCUGUCGUGGAGGAUGUGCCUCAUCCACUUUGAGACUCUUCGAGACACUGAAGACUUCUGUGGCCUCUCGAAAGACAAGCUUCUGGAUCUCAUCCUUAGCGAUGAGCUGGAGGUUGAAGAUGAACAGGUUGUGUUCAACGCAGUCAUGCGCUGGAUUAGGUAUGACCUAGACAGCCGCAGAGACUAUCUUCCUGAACUGCUGCGAGGGCUACGCCUUGCACUGUUACCCUCAGAAUGCCUUAUUGAGGCCGUUGCAUGUGAGGAACUUGUGAUGUCAGAUAAAAGGAGCCAACAGAUUGUCGAUGAGGCCAUGCAGUGCAAGAAAAAGAUUCUGCAGAAUGACGGGAUUGUCACCAGCCCCUGCGCCAGGCCUCGCAAAGCUGGGCACACUCUGCUCAUUCUGGGGGGUCAGACAUUUAUGUGUGAUAAGAUCUACCAAGUGGAUCACAAAGCAAAAGAGAUCAUCCCUAAAUCAGAUCUUCCCAGUCCGAGGAAGGAGUUCAGUGCAUGUGCCAUUGGCUGCAAAGUUUACGUGACUGGAGGAAGGGGAUCGGAAAAUGGAGUGUCGAAGGAUGUUUGGAUAUAUGAUACGGUACAUGAAGAAUGGUCGAAAGGUGCCCCUAUGCUAAUUGCACGUUUUGGACAUGGCUCGGCUGAACUUGAAAACUGCCUUUAUGUUGUUGGGGGUCACACUGCUAUAGCAGGUGUUUUCCCAGCCUCCCCAUCAGUAUCACUUAAACAGGUUGAGCGGUAUGACCCCCUGACCAACAAAUGGACAAUGAUGGCACCACUUAGGGAUGGUGUCAGCAAUGCAGCAGUGGUCAGUGCCAAGCUAAAACUCUUUGUGUUUGGUGGAACAACCAUACACCGGGACAAGGCCUCAAAGGUCCAGUGCUAUGACCCUGUUGAGAACCGUUGGACAAUAGCUGCUGAAUGCCCUCAACCCUGGAGAUACACGGCCGCUGCUGUCCUUGGCAGUCAGAUAUUCAUAAUGGGUGGUGAUACAGAGUUUACAGCAGCAUUUGCCUACCGAUUUGAUUGCGAGACCAAUCAAUGGACACGUGUAGGUGACAUGACUUCUAAAAGAAUGAGCUGCCAUGCUGUGGCCUCUGGUAAUAAACUCUAUGUGGUCGGCGGAUAUUUCGGUGCACAGCGGUGUAAAACCCUGGAUUGCUAUGAUCCCACAUCAGAUAGCUGGAAUAGCAUCACUACCGUGCCUUAUUCACUGAUUCCAACUGCAUUUGUAAGCACCUGGAAACAUCUUCCUGCCUAGAUGCCUCCAACUGAAGUGUAUGGAUCUGUUCUGGGUGCCAUGGUCUUCUAGCCACACUGAAUGGAUGACAGCAGAGCUGGAUUGUCAUUGGCUGGCCUAAAGCACCUCUGCUUGGGUGGGUGUGGUGGGGCUGCAGUCGGUCACAGCCACUCUCGAAAACAAACCAUCCAUCCACUGUUGAGAGGAGCCACAGAGAAGAGCUGAAAAAUCUCCAGAAGAGAGGCCACAUAGGCCUUCUCCCUACAGCACAACGCCAACUCAUGCCAUGCUUGUUCAUUGCCAAAUCAGAGGCACAAGGACACAAUACACUCUUACACCAAUAUCUACUCUUUGGAAACUAUUUUGCAAUCCAUUGAGGUCAAGAACAUUCCAGUGAACUAUGAUAAAUGACAGCUAAAGCAUGAUUUUCCUUCGUGAAACUUUCUUCUUCACUUUGAUUGGCAGUACAGCAUGUUGCUUUCAAAAUGCCUUACGGACACUGCGUUAAACGAAACAUCUGGAACAUCUACAGAAAUGCAGAAAAUCCCCAUGGGAAAGUGCAAGUUUACUCGAGCAGGAUAUGAAAUGCCUGUGGUACUUCUAUUUAAGUAUCUGUGAAAUGGAUUUUAACCUGGAACUUGUAUAGAUUCUACAGCACAAUGUAUUAUCGUGGACUUCCUCGCGUUUUUAUGAUUUCUUGAAGGUUUAAACAUUUGAUAAAUGCAUUUAAUUUAUGUGUUUGUGUCAAAACAAAACAGUAAAGAGAGAAAUUGCACAUGAGAGUACAUGAUGGAUGAUGAUGGUAUUGAUGUUUGUAACCGUUUUCCUUUGCAUUUUAAUGCUGGAUUAUCUUUAAAGGAAUAUUCUGGGUUUAAUACGAGUUGUGCUCUGUCGAUAGCCUUUGUGACAUAAUGUUGAUUAAUUUCAACUAGUUCCUCGUUUUCUAUUAAAAUCUGGGUUCCAGCGAGUUACUUACAAUGGGGUCAUUUCGUUUCAAUGGUAUAGUCACAAGACGUAAAUGUGAAUGUAACAUGAUUAUAAUGUAAAUAAAUAAGUUUUUUGCCAUGAUGUUGCAAAACCUUAAAAAUAAAUGUAAAAGAUUUUAACAGCUUUACAGCUCAUUUUCAUAAAAAAAAAUUAAAUGUGCUUUGAUACAAUAAGCUCAAAUCUUCCAAAAAUUGACCCCAUUCACGCUGUCUUCAUUUUAAAUCCCUCACCGUAACCUCAAUUUUUUACAAAAAAAGG